AUGGCUUGUCGAGUGCUUCUACUGUUUAUAACAUUACUACUCUUUUUGGGCUCAUUUUUUCAAUUUACGGAAGGAUCACCAACGUUGGGGGAUUUUCAAGACUGUUUAGCUAGUAGUAGGAAGCACGAUGUCCCGUACUUUACCCCUUACGCGCUGGUAAAGCACUUCAACAGAAAAAACAGACAUUACUAUAUUCAAGUGAUAGGAAAUCUUUCUGAAAAAAUAACAGUAGUUGGAGGAUCCGGUGAAAAUGUGCAUGCAGCUACAAUAUACUCUGAAACGUAUGCUUUAGGAUCGCUUGUUACAAGCACGUCCACAAAACUCUGUGACGCUGUCAUGGAUGUACAUAGCUUUGGAGUACCCAUCAAAUGUCCCUGGCCUGCCGGGAAUGUCUCAUUUAUGAUUGACAUCCCAUUUGGGUCGACUGUUAUUGAUUACUCUAAGUAUGAACUAACGUCCCUAAUGAACAGGCUUAUUAUUGUGGAUGGAACUCCUGAGAGGAACGUGAUAGCUUGUGUUUCGUUUGAUUUGUCGAUUGAACUUAGUUAUUUUUACCCUGUGAUAGCGUAUACAUCGUUGAUUUGUCUUGCUUUCGUGUCCUUUUCAGUAGUUUACGCUCUCUUUCUUAAUCCGUGGACUGGAAGUCUUGAUCCCUUCAGAGCGUUAUUCAACUUUAGUAUGGACCCUGAUGCUCUCCGUUUAACUGCCCUUGGAUUUUCUGAUUUUAUUGGAUAUAUGCAAUUUGCUGUAUCUACGUCUCAAUUGAAUGUUGCAUUUCCAAAAUUCUACAUAAAUCUUAUGGCUGCCCUAUCUUGGAGUACUGUUCUUUUUCGAUUUCCUAUCUUUUCCCAAAAUGCAAAGUAUCAGUUUGCGGAUUAUACAGAUUUAGCAAACGUUAAUAAGGUUGAAUAUCACGAAUAUAUUCCGGAUAAAUACGGUAUGUCUUCCUUUCUUGAUUCCUUAGGAACCAGGCAAUCUUGUUGGAUUCCAUUUUUAAUAGUAGGGGCGGUGUAUUUUGGUGCAGCACUGUUGUUGGCUCUUUUAAUUAUUCUUUUGAAGUGGCUUAUGUCAAAAAUGUUUCACGAUACAAUUGUUGAAACACGCUGGGACACGUGGAGUUUUAUCGGUGGGUUUUUUAUUCGACUCUAUUUUUUAGCAUAUUUUCCCAUCAUAUCGUACAUGUCAUAUCAAUUUGUGAUUGAACCAAGUGGAUAUGAAAUUAUACCAGUUCUCUUGCUUAUAUUCUUAGGUAUCUUUUUCCCUGGAUGUUUAUACUUAUUUUUGUCGUUUGUCGAGCCGGUAUCAAAACUUUUUGAAGAUCAAACUUAUCUGCACCUUUAUGGGUCCAUUUACAAUUCAUAUCGCGAGAAGAGGUUGAUGUUUUGGGUGUUUCCUAUUGUAAGUCAAUUCAUACGUGGCAUUACUGUUGGUGUCCUUGGUGUUUCUGGAUCAGCACAAAUUACAAUCUAUUUCCUUUUAGAAGUAGCGAAUCUAGUCGCAUACUCAAUAUUUCGGCCACAUUAUCCCCAGACAAACAUGAAUGUACUAAGUUGUUAUUUAUCUGUCGUUCGUCUGAUUAUAGUUGUAUUAAUGAUGCCUCUAAUUCAUCCACAAUAUUAUCAGAGUGGUCGUGAGAAGUUGUUGACUUACGCAAUUCUUUUCAUACAUAUAUUGGUUUAUGUUAUUUUUUUCUUAAUAUCAACUCAGCGAUUUUUUGAAAUCUCGGCACGGCUCCUAGGAGCUAAUAGUGAACGGAAAGGUGUUCCCUUGGAUAGACCUUUUGGAUGGGCUCGUGUUUUUGGUAUCAAUGAAUUGAAACGUCGUCGUCAUAAAAGCCCUUAUGAAAACAGUUUGAUGGCGCAGUCGACUCUUGACAAUACUGACCGUUCAUUCAUUGGUAACUCCAUUCCUCUGAGUCCUAUUAUUCCUGCAUCUAAAGACGAAUCCCCCAAUCUGACAAUUCAAACGAGCGGAAUUGGAAUGUUGAGUUCGGAUGUGGAUCCUCAUAAUCCGGGUCAGAUGGGUAAUUUGAAUACGGAGUCACCCGUUUCGCCAUUAUCACCAUUCAAUGACACGCGAGGGUAUUCGUUUUACCGUCCGCCGAAAGUGAAUCGAUAUGUCCGACAGAGAGAUAGGGAUCAAUUACGGACGCUACAAUUAGACUUUUUAAAUGAAAAGCCAAGUCUGUUUGCACAUGACACGAAUUACGCGGUUCGCGAAGCCGAUGUGUAUCAUCCUCAGGUGGAUGCUGAUGCUGAUUCGUUAUCGCAAUUGUCGAUACGUAUGAAUCAGAGUAAACCCGAGCUAGUCGACCCUGUACCAACAGGUAGAGUAAUGAAAACUUGGCAUGUUGUUAAAAAUGUGUUUCAGAGGAUUCGAGAUCCACUUGGACAAAAAGAGAAAAACGAGGAAAAAGGAUUUGUUGUUGUUCGAUCGGCAAGGCGAAUGCAACCACCUCAUGAGCAACCAACCAUUUCCGAUGAACAUGAAAGUGAAGAAAACAAAGUGACCUCUUCCACAGAAUCUCGGAAUUUAAAACCGUGA